AUGGGACGGCAUUUGGCUCCCUUACUGGAGGGAAAAUAUGACAACGAGGAAGAAAAUGAUGAGUCUUUCUCCCAAGAAGUGGAUGAGACACAGCCUAGACGAAAUGGAGAUGAAACAGAACCUCAAGAACUUGAAGAAGCUCUAGGAGGUGUUGAAGAGCCUAGAACUGGACGUGGACGGCCUACUAGAACUAGAAAGCCGCAUAGUUACUUUAAGGACAUGUCUAAAAUAUUAUGUGUACUUUACAAGAUGAUGUACAAUGAAGACAUAGCAUCAAUACCAGUCAAAAAACUUCUUUUCCCCAGCUGCCUCGUUGCAAUUUGGUGUACAAACGCUCCAAGUAAUAUAGCGGCUGUAAAAGAUCUUAUAUUUCCCAAGUGGGGUGUAGAAUACAUUACAACCUGGUACUGGUUGAAAGUUAAUAUAGAUUUACAACCAUUGUGCGACUUUGGGUAUGGUUGUAAGAAACAGCCUUAUGAAAGACUUAUCUUGGGUAAAAUUGGUAAUAUUAUGAAUGUUCCUGAAAACCACUUGGUCGUUAGUAUCCCAAGUGCUUUACAUUCACAUAAACCUCCUUUGUUGGACCUUCUAAAACCCUUCGUGGCUGCAAAAGACCCUCAAGUCCUAGAACUCUUCGCGAGAUAUCUCUUACCUAACACAACCAGCGUGGGAUUCGAACCGCUUAAAUGGCAACAUGUGUCUUUAUACGACAAAGUUAGCUGACGAAUAAAUGCCUGUGUAAAAUAGAUGAGUUAAAAUUGUAUUUUAAAAUUUCAAUUAAUUCUAAGUUUUGAAGUCGCUGAUUUUAAAAUCAGAUAGUUAAUAAUUUAAAGAACCAUUAUUAAAUAUAUAUUUUCUCUUGUGUAAUAAAAGUCGGUCAUGUUUUUAUAUAAGUGUAAU